GCGCACUGCUACAGCUAAUGGCUUAAAGUUUCCUGCAGCAGCCGAGGAUGGAGGACAAGUAUGCUUCCACCUUACAUCCUCUGGUGGACUAUGGGGCUGGCUUCUUCCUGUUACUUGUAGCUAUACUGACUGUGGUGGGCAAUGUCGCUGUGCUUGCUACAGCAGUGAAAUGCUUCUCCCACCUUAAAUCAGCGGAUCUUCUGUCCGUAAACCUAGCUGUCACCGAUUUGGGUAUGGCUGUGAGCAUGUACCCUCUGGCCAUUGCCUCUGCUUGGAAUCAUGCAUGGAUUGGGGGGGAUCCUUCCUGUCUGUAUUACGCCCUGAUGGGAUUCUUUUUUGGAGUAGCAAGUAUGAUGACAUUAACAGCAAUGGCGGUGAUCCGAUAUCUAGUGACCAGCACAACGACAACCAACCGCAAUAUGAUAAAGAAGAAAACAAUAUACAUUGUGAUCAUGGGCAUAUGGCUCUACGCGUUGCUCUGGGCAAUAUUUCCAUUGGUCGGAUGGGGUCACUAUGGCCCGGAACCAUUCGGUAUUUCUUGCACCAUUGCCUGGGCUGAGUUCCAGAAUUCCAUCAGUGGAUUCUCAUUCAUUCUCAGUAUGUUUAUCCUGUGCACUAUUACCCCCGCUACGACAAUCAUCUCUUGUUAUACCACCAUAGCCUGGAAGCUUCAUAAAGCCUAUCAGGAAAUACAGAACUAUGACAAAAUGCCGAAUGCGGCCAAAGUGGAGAAAAAACUAACGCUGAUGGCGGUACUGGUGAGCUUUGGAUUUCUGGCCUCUUGGUCGCCCUAUGCAAUUGUCAGCUUCUGGUCUAUGUUUCGCUCAAGUGAAAGCAUCCCCCCGAUUAUCGCUUUACUCCCCUGCCUCUUCGCCAAGUCAUCCACGGCCUUCAACCCUUUCAUCUAUUACAUGUUCAGCAAAACCUUCCGGCAAAAAGUAAAGCAGCUAAAGUGUUGCUGCGGCUGGAGGGUCCAUUUAUUACAACCAGAAUCCUCAGGAGACAAUCCAGCCGUGUCCGUCAUCUGGUCAGGUAGGGACAACAUUCAGAUGUCUUCAGUUCUUAAAUUCAACAACGGACAGUCAAGCUCCAUGAUGACCCAGUGAUGGAAAUCUGGAAACAACUGACCAGUCAUCAUCACCAAGCAAUGGCGGACAUUUUUUGAACAAAAAAAUUUGUAGACAAUGGCGCCACUGCCAAGGACCUUGUACCUCAUGGACAUUUGCUGGCUCCUCUCAAUGUAUUAAUAUACAAUUAUAAACUAUAAUAAGCAAAAGGAACCACCUAAAAAUGGCUGAAUAUGUUGGGUAACAGGGUAAAUC